UGUGGGAGUUUUUUGGGUGAGAUGACGUUAGUCUGCUUUCCCUGAAACAGCUGUAUCGAAGGACAGAUUGGACAUCACUUCUUUGUUUUCUUGAACGUGAUCAGCUCCUGUGGGGAUCCCCCACCUUAUUAAAGAGCUUCUGUUCUUCUAACACGCUGCUGCCUAUUUAAACUGUAAACAUGGUGUUAGCAGACCUGGGGAGGAAAAUAACAGCAGCACUGCGCUCUCUCAGCAAUGCCACCAUCAUCAACGAAGAGGUUUUAAAUGCUAUGCUCAAAGAGGUCUGUGCUGCCCUGCUAGAAGCUGAUGUAAAUAUCAAACUGGUGAAGCAGCUCAGAGAAAAUGUCAAGGCAGCCAUUGACCUCGAGGAAAUGGCCUCUGGGCUAAAUAAAAGGCGAAUGAUCCAGCACGCUGUUUUCAAGGAGCUUGUAAAGUUGGUGGACCCUGGUGUAAAAUCCUGGACACCCACAAAAGGAAAGAACAACAUCAUCAUGUUUGUUGGGCUUCAGGGUAGCGGAAAAACCACAACAUGUACUAAGUUGGCAUAUUAUUACCAAAGAAAAGGCUGGAAAACAUGUUUGAUCUGUGCUGACACUUUUAGAGCAGGUGCCUUUGAUCAGCUGAAGCAAAAUGCAACAAAAGCCAGAAUUCCUUUUUAUGGAAGUUACACAGAAAUGGAUCCAGUCAUAAUAGCUUCUGAAGGAGUCGAGAAAUUCAAGUCAGAAAACUUUGAAAUAAUAAUUGUUGACACUAGCGGUCGGCAUAAACAGGAAGACUCGCUGUUUGAAGAAAUGCUACAGGUUUCAAAUGCUGUGCAACCUGACAACAUCGUGUACGUGAUGGAUGCAUCCAUUGGUCAGGCUUGUGAGUCUCAGGCUAAGGCUUUCAAAGACAAAGUAGAUGUUGCAUCCGUCAUCGUAACUAAGCUGGACGGCCAUGCUAAAGGUGGUGGCGCUCUCAGUGCAGUUGCUGCCACAAAGAGUCCUAUUAUUUUCAUUGGCACAGGAGAGCACAUUGAUGAUUUUGAGCCCUUCAAAACUCAGCCCUUCAUAAGCAAACUGCUUGGCAUGGGAGACAUCGAGGGAUUGAUAGAUAAAGUGAAUGAACUUAAACUUGAUGAUAAUGAGGAGCUAAUUGACAAGCUUAAACAUGGUCAGUUUACACUCAGGGACAUGUAUGAACAGUUCCAGAACAUCAUGAAAAUGGGACCUUUUGGACAAAUUAUGGGUAUGAUCCCAGGCUUUGGAACAGACUUCAUGAGUAAAGGCAAUGAACAGGAGUCUAUGGCAAGAUUAAAGAAACUCAUGACCAUAAUGGACAGUAUGAAUGACCAAGAACUGGACAACAAAGAUGGUGCAAAGUUGUUCAGUAAGCAGCCGAACCGGGUACAGAGAGUGGCGCGGGGUGCAGGUGUAGCCACCAGAGACGUGCAGGAACUUCUUACACAAUACACAAAGUUUGCCCAGAUGGUCAAGAAAAUGGGUGGCAUUAAAGGCUUAUUUAAAGGAGGAGACAUGUCCAAGAACGUUAACCCAUCUCAAAUGGCCAAAUUGAACCAGCAGAUGGCAAAGAUGAUGGAUCCCAGAGUGCUGCACCACAUGGGCGGCAUGGCUGGUCUACAGUCAAUGAUGAGGCAGUUUCAGCAAGGAGCUGCUGGUAACAUGAAAGGAAUGAUGGGAUUCAACAACAUGUGAAUGCUUCAGCCUUAAAUAAAAGAUGGAAGUCAUUCUGAUGGAUUUUAGAGAAGCAGAAUCUAAGUGGAGCAAGAUUUUUUUUUUUUUUGCCUCAGAUAAUAGUCAUUUAUUAAACCAUGUAAAAUAUUCA